AUAGUUCAGCACCAGCUGUUGCCACUCAAACAAUCAACCUUGUUUGGUGAGAUAAUCAUAUAAAAGCUGCUCCUGCUGACUAGAGUUACUGUCAAAAAUCUUUUGCUUUUUGGGAUUUGCAUUCAGGCAGCUGCAGCAGAAUGAGGGUGUUGUGGAUUUCCUGUCUGCUUAUUGGAAGCAUCACCUGCUAUCCUCAACAAGGAGGCAGUGGUGUUCCUCCUUCCAUGUGGCUUCCACGUUCUGGACAAGCUCCAUCCAAGCCAGGCUAUGAGGAACCCUCUGAGCAAACUGGUGGCCAUGACAGUUCCAGCAGCUUUCCCUGGUUGUACAGCAGCAACACUGCUGGAGGUCCUUCAGACAGUGGAAUCUUCCAGCCCAUGUGGUACCCUGCAAUGCCAUCUGAACAGGAACCAUCCAAGCCGUCCCAUCAGAAACCUACAGGACAGUCCAGCACUUAUGGCAGCUACAGUGGUCCCUACACUGCUGGGGGAGCCUACAGUUCCUCUGGCUCCCAGCAGUACGGUGCACCGAGCAGUCAGUCUGGAGGCGCUGAGCAGGAGAGCUGGAGCUCUUCAUCUGAUGGUGACGAUGAGGAGGAGCCCGUCUUCACUCCAGUGAGCGAGGAGGAUCAGGUGUACGCUUUCAAGUCUCGUUCUCGCUACAACCAGAAACGGCUGCUGUUCAGUCAGUUCCGCUACACCCCAACAGAACCACGGCAGCAUCAGGAUCCAGUGUUUCCACACACGGGCAAAACAUCUCAACACGGCAAAGGUCCAGUCAAAGGAGGCUACUGAAGAUCCCUGUGGUGAAGCUCACAUCACUGGGGAUGUGUGGUCUGUGUAGCUGUUGGGGAAAACUCUCUGGUUCACAUAUUGCUCAGGAUUGGUUUGUCUGCAUAAAUAAUCUAAAU